AUGGACGUGGUAGAUGAGACUGAGGCGCUACAGAGGUUUUUUGAAGACUCCAGAGUGAACGAGCUCAGAGUGAAUCAGGAGAAACACAGAGUUCAGCUCAGGUUCAACCAGAAUAUGAACGUUCAGGUUGAGGAGGUUGAGGAGGUUGAGGAGGUUGAGGAGGUUGAGGAGGUUGAGGAGGUUGAGGAGGUUGAGGAGGUUGAGGAGGUUGAGGAGGUUGAGGUGGUUGAGGAGGUUGAGGAGUUGAGGAGGUUUUCCUCAGGUCAUGAUAUCAGCAGCUCUCUGGAGCCGACCAACAUCGACACGAGCAUCCUGGAAGAAUACAUCAGCAAAGAGGACGACUGCGCAGACAUCUGCUUCGCUGAGGUGCACAGUGGCCCCGGAGCUCAGUACCCGUCUCCCCAGGCAGGCGUCUCCUCUGGGGGUCUGCUGUGCCCGGCCGUGAGCCCCCCGGUGCCCCUCCGCCACGCGCCCGCCAACCCCUGCCCCGCCUACGCCCAGGCCCCGCCCCCGCACCGCCACAACUACCCCUGCCCCGCCAACCCCUGCCCCGCCCCCUGCCCCGCCCCCUGCCCCGCCCUCGGCCCGCAGCAGGCGCCCGUCAAGACUGAGCACCGCGGCCCCUACGCCCCGGGGACACUCCCAGAGUCGCCUCCAGACUCCAGCUCAGAGCCGUAUUCUCCUCAACAGGUGAACGAUCCUCACCUGAUCCGGACCAUGACCCCGGAGAACAUGUGCCACCUGUCCCCGCCCCCGCCCCUCCCCCCUGGGCACUUUCCCAGCAUGCAGCGGGACCUGCAGCGGGACCUGCAGCGGGACCUGUUCCUGAAGCCCGAGCCCCUGAUCUCACAGUUCCCCCUGGGCCCCACCACCAGCUCCGGGGACAUGGGCCACAUGCUGCACCACAUCAUGCACCACCCGCAGGGGCCCGAUGGAAUUCCAUCUCAUCAGGCCAAGAAGAGGAAGCACUCGGACUCUCCCAACAGCACCCUCAAUUCCAAUCUGCUCACAGGUAUCAUCAAACAGGAACCAGGCCUGAUGCAGGACUCGGACAGCGCGUACCUCGACCCGAACUACCAGUGCAUCAAGUGGCAGCCGCACCAGCAGAACAAGUGGAGCCCGCUGUACGACGCCGACUGCAAAGAACUGCCGAUGCCCACGUACCGCGUGGACGCAGACAAAGGCUUUAACUUCUCUCUCGCCGACGACGCCUUCGUCUGUCAGAAGAAGAACCACUUCCAGGUGACGGUGUACGUCGGCAUGCUGGGAGACGCCAAGUACAUCAAGACACACGACGGGCUGCAGCCGAUCGAGUGCUUCUACCUCAAACUCAACGGGGUCAAGGUGGAGGCCAUGAACCAGUCCAUCAGUGUGGAACAGUCUCAGUCUGACCGCAGUAAAAGGCCCUUCAAACCUGUACUGGUCACUCUGCCCCCGGAGCAGGUCACCAAGGUCACAGUGGGACGACUGCACUUCAGUGAGACCACGGCCAACAACAUGAGGAAGAAAGGCAAACCCAACCCCGACCAGAGGUACUUCAUGCUGGUGGUGGCGCUGCAGGCUCAGUCUCUUUCUCAGAGUUUCACGGUGGCGGCUCACGUGUCCGAGAGGAUCAUCGUCAGGGUAACAUCCUUGCAUGCUUCAAACCCGGGUCAGUUUGAGAGCGACUCGGAGGUGCUGUGGCAGAGGGGGCAGGUGCCAGACUCCGUGUACCAUCACGGCCGCGUGGGCAUCAACACCGACCGGCCCGACGAGGCGCUGGUCAUCCACGGAAACAUGAAGGUCAUGGGGUCACUGGUGCACCCGUCUGACCUGCGCGCCAAGGAGAACGUCCAGGAGGUGGACACCACAGAUAACUUAAAGCGGAUCUCUCAGAUGAGGCUGGUCCAUUAUCAGUACAAACCUGAGUUUGCUGCGACUGUGGGGAUCGAGAACACUGCAGAGACGGGAGUCAUAGCUCAAGAGGUCCAGAAGAUCCUCCCUGAAGCAGUGAAGGAGGGAGGGGACGUGGUCUGUGCCAAUGGGGAGACCAUCCCAAAUCUGCUGGUCGUCAACAAGGAGCGUAUCUUCAUGGAGAACGUGGGCGCCGUGAAGGAGCUGUGUAAACUCACAGAUAACCUGGAGACGCGCAUCGACGAGCUGGAGCGAUGGAGCCGGAAACUGGCCAAACUCCGACGCCUGGACAGCAUGAAGAGCACCGUGAGCGGAGGAACCACCAGCCAAGCGGGGAGUUACUUCAGCCGGACGGGGAGCGGCCCCCUGAGGAAGAAAAGCACCAAACCCGGCACCAAGAGCCCAGCUGCAGACCAGGGCUGCUUCAGCCAAAGGUUCAUGCAGGGGACCAUCCUGGCCCUGGUGGUGGUGAUGGCCUUCAGCGUCAUCUCCAUGUCUGUGCUGUACGUGCUGACCCUUCACCACAAAGGAGAGGUCACAGAGAGAGACGGCCUGGUUCCUCCUUGUGUAGUUUUCAUUUCCCGGACUCCGCUCUUCACGGCCUCUCUGCAUCUCUGUCCAUCUGUCUGUCCUUGGACCAAAAGUGCCCUGGGGAUCUUCCGUAAAAGCACCUUUGCUCCUCUGUCCACCUCCCCAGCUCCAGCUUCAUCUGUGACAAAUCAAACCACAACAGUCAUAAUACCGAGCACCAACCAAUCUACCACAGAAGUGGACGUCCUGCUGCCCACUCAAAGCUCCAUCAUGAAAAAGGCAAAGUCCAGACCCAUCGAUAAAGACGGACACAGAAACCGCCUGAGUCACACUUCGCCUCCAUUUUACUUCCCCAAGUCCAAGAAGAGCCCCGACCAGCAGGGGGCAGGAGCCAACCACCUGCCCCAGGGCCAGCAGCCGGGCAGCAGCAGGAGACAGCGCAGUGUGCCCCCCGCUGGUGAGUCUGCUCCCACACUGAUCUCCGUGCACAUCCCAGAGACAAACCAGACCGUCCCAGUGCACGAGUGUGUGAGCGUGAACAGCUGCAGAUUCACAGUGUCACUGAGCGAGAGCAGAAACUCACACGUUUCCAAAAUCACAUUAAAUCUGAGGUUUGUGAGCAGUGUGUGGCUGCGUCCGUGUGCACAGGACACAGAACGUUCUGAGUCUGAGGACAGAGCUCAACUCACAAGGACAAAGAGCGACGUCCACCUGCUGCCUGUGCCCCUGACACACUCAGGUGCCACCCUCCACCUCCGAGCCUCUGCCACUGGUGAAGUUCUCUGUUCUUCUGAUGGAGACGCCGCCUCCACAGAUUUCUUCUUCCGCCUCCGGAGCAGCUCUGCCUGA